UCAGUGUGAUAACGGUCAUUUAUUAGAAGAUAAACGCAAAAAAGAAGAGCUCAGUGUUUCAGCAGAUGGAUUAGCUGACUAUGCUCAAGAAGUCUGUCAAGACCGCGGUGAAAUAAAAGAAAGAAAAGAGUCUGGUAAGGAGCCUAGCAAUUCAUCUUCUCGUCCAAGCUAUGUACAGCCUGUACCUGAACCGAACAUUAAACCCGAUCUUAAACUCAACACUGGGAAUCCUAAACCCAGUACCGAAUCAGGCUCUGUACCCAGUAGAUUGCCUAUAUCCAACAAUGUACCCGGACUUGAACCCAGUGAUCCUAAACGCACCGCUGAAUCCGACUCUUCGCCCAGUGGAGCUAUUCAACUCUGCACUAAAUCCGAUUCUGUGCCGUCUGCAUCAAGCGGAGUGCUCAAAUCCUGCCCUGACUCCGAUCAUACCCGGUUUGUACAGAGUGAACAUCCUAAACCAAGUGGAGAUGUCAGAUCCGCAACAACACUCGAUCCUGUCCAUCGUGUUCCGACUAGAGAGUCUAAACCCAGCGAUGAAUCUGUGUCGAUACACUCCAAACUGAAUCAAGCUCCCAAAUCUGUCACAGCGUCUGCUCCUGUAGAUCAGAAAUCAGCGUCCGGUUCUACACAUGGUAAAAUUAGUGGAGAUUCGAAACCAAGCAAGGAAUCAAAGCCAGUACUUUCACAGGGAAGAAAAUCCCAACUUCAACAGGGAGUCGAUUCCACACUGACCACUGAAUCAUUUAGCGUCGAUCCUAAACCGAGUAAUGAAUCUGGUCCUGUACAACCUGCGUGUAGUGGAGAUACUAAACCUGUCAGUAAAUCUGUGGAUGUAAAAGCUGCAUUUGUCAAAGAUCUCAAACCCAGCAAUGUGUCUACAUCAGCAAAACAUACAGUCAGCAAAGAUCUCAAACCCAGCACGCAGUCUGAUUCUGUAACACCUACUGCAUCUUCUCUGAAGCCUAAAGAUGGGAUCCAGGAUGAUGACCCUGGACUCAUCUGGUCUGACACAGAGGAGGAGUUUGAUUUCAAGCAGAGAGAUAAUGGUCCUGAACCCUUUCAAAGAAAGCUGAGGGACAAAGACAUCAGCUUUACCAUAGGACCAAAAAAGACACAAGAACAGGAGGAAGAAUUGACAGAUUUGAGUGUGGAAAUGGAGUGUGAUGGUGAAUCUCACGAAGUGGAAGAGGUGAAGGAUGGGAAAACUUUAGGAGAGGAAGAUGGUGAGCCUGUAAAAGAAGUGGAAAUGAAAGAUGCUGGAGGAGGAGAGGAUGAGGAUUGUCGUCAGACUCAUGCUGUGAAGAAGCCAAAGAAAAGUUGCCUGAAAUGCCAUGACUGUGGCAAGACCUUCCCUCGGCGGGAGGCAUAUGACCUUCAUCGCCACUUCCACAUGCAUCAGGAGGAGCAAGCCUCUCUUACCUGCAAAGAAUGCGGCCUGACAUUUCAGCAUCGCAGCAGCCUCAUCAAGCAUCGCAGUGAACACAAACGAAAUGGCAUGCCAGAACCAUCAUCGGUCUCUCCUAGACGCUCUCAUCAAAGAGAACUCAGGGAGGAAAAGGGCUACGCAUGUGACAGUUGCGGUGAACUAUUUGCUUCACUGAUCCGAUAUAAGCUUCACGCUUGCCAGGUGAGCUUGGAGAAGCCUUACCGCUGCCCGCUGUGCCGCAAAGAGUUCCAGUACAGAGUGUCCAUCAAUGCCCACAUGCAGAGCCAUUCAUUAGACAGUCCUUAUAGAUGCCUCGAGUGCAACAAGGGUUUUCAAUGUGCCGUGACCUUGCACAUCCAUCAGCGCUCCCAUGCUGCCUUAAAACCUUAUGAAUGCCCCGACUGUGGUAUGGUCUUCAGACACCGCUCACUUAUGGACGACCAUCGCCGGAAGCACACCGAAGAAAGGCCGCACCAGUGCACAAUAUGCUGCAAAAGUUUUAAAUACAGCAGCCUUUUGCAACAGCACCAGUACCUUCAUACUGGCCAGAAGCCAUACCGAUGUGCAGAAUGCGGGAAAAGGUUUGCGCUUGCGCAGAACAUGCGUGCACAUUGUCGGCAACAUAAAAAACGUCCAAGCUCCAUAUUUGGUAGGAAGAGUAACGAUAUGCCCAAUGGUGCAGAUUUUAAAACGAUUGGUAAAGAGAACACAAGCAAUGACUUGGAGCAGAAGCGUAACUGCCCACUUUGUCCUCAACUGUUUUACAGAGCUGCAGACCUUAGAGCACACAUGUUAUCACAUGAGGCAGAAUAUGAAAACCAACAAAAUCUUGGCAAAACAAGUGCCAAUGUCUACACCUGCUCAAUUUGCCAACUCCAAUUUCCAGACGAAUCAGCCUUACAGUCUCAUGAAUUGACUCAUCAAGUUCAGACUCCGCCUCAGAAAAGAGAAGCUCUCAGUGUAGCAAGUGCAACUAGUGGUAAUAAUUCAGCAGAGGGGGAUUGGGUAGACCAGUCAGAAAAGAAACCUUUAAAAUGCAAAGACUGUGGAAAAAGCUUUCAUUACCGAUCCGUUUUAGAGCUUCACAUGCGUAUCCACAACAGGGGUUACCAGUGCCAUGUUUGUAAAAAGUCAUUCAGAUUCAGCAGCUACUUGCAGCAGCACUUAAUUAUCCAUUCCGGCAAAAAGCCAUACAAGUGCCCAGACUGUGGAAAGGACUUUGCGUUUCUUCAGAACAUGAAGACUCACCAGAGACUGCAUCAGCAAAAACCUUUUCGGUGCACACAGUGCCGUAAGGGUUACAGUGAUGAGAGUCAAUUGCAGCGUCACAUGCUUUGCCACUCUGGAGAAAAGCCUUACAAAUGCAACCUCUGCAACAAGAGUUUUGGGCUAGCAUACUUGCUUCGUGACCACCUGAACACUCACACUGGGGAAAGACCUCACCGUUGCCAAGAGUGUCAUAAGUCAUUCCCUUGGCUUAGCAGCCUGCUUGUUCACCAAAAAAUCCAUGCAAGAAAGCGUCAAGCAAGUCAGUCAUACUCUUCAUUCAUUGGUUCUCAAAGAGGGAGGCCUAGUGGCCUUGGAAGAGGCAAGAAAAGUUGGCCCAGGAUGGGGGAAAGUGUGGAAGAUUCAACGGCCUUGCAACAGACCCCUUUUUCUAGUCAGAUUUUGCAGGGAACGGGGCCAAAACCGAUGGAGCAGGAGUCUUCUGCUUUCGAUCCAGAACAAGCUCAGAGCAUGCCUCUUAAGUUGCAGCAGCAAUGGCAAAUUCAAAUAGCAUCUCAGUUACAGCAACAAUCUAAGUGGCUAUCUGAAGGACAAACAAACAAGCAGCCUUGGCAGGCAGGGACACAUCUUAAACUUAUCUUGCCAAAACCAGAUGGUCUUUCAAAGCUUCCAUCUCACCAGCAAAGUCCUGGCUGGGCUGAUGUAUCACAGUCAGCUCAAGCUGGUACAGCUCCCAAGAAGCUUUCACAAGAUAAUGGUGACACAGGUUUAACUAGUCAGUUUUCCCCAACCAGCCCAUCAAAAGCAAAGAGUGACCAGGUGCAAGAAAGGCAACAACAGCCUCUUUCCAGGUUAAGUUCAACUUCAAAGUCACCAAGCAAAGCAGAGGGGCAUGAGGAUGAUGCUGAGUCAGACAAACCCAAUAACAAUACAGAUAAACAGCCUCAAGAGCAGCAGUCAACUGGUCUGGCCAGUUCAUCCAUAAGAAUGAGGGAAGAGCCUGAUAGUGCUUCUCUUAAUCGUAACAAUAAGCCUUUGAGUGUUGUAAUGCCUUUAGACAUGUCCAAAUCUUCAAACAUUCAAGACAAACCAAUAAAUGAAAAGGGGGGACAACAGCCCCCACGUCAGAUUAUGCAUCCUGCUUCACAACAGCCAUUGCAGCUGGUCCUCCAACCAUCACAGCAAAUACAGCUUCUUCAGCAGGCAGUGCAGCAAAUGCAGCCGGAGCAACUAAAUCAGAUGACUACUUUACAGCUUCUCCAACAGCAGUUUCAUCAGGCUCAGUCAAACCAGCUGGGAUCAGUCAGUGUUCAAUUUGGAGCUACUUCUUUCACUCACAGCAAUGGAGUGCAUCCAAUUGCCCGAUUGCGUCAUGCUUCCUCUCCACCAAUCCCCGCUAUGAUUGAGGAGAACGAAGCUAACCCACGCCCCCUCCGACACGUGGGCAGCAUGCCGUAUGCAUUUUAUCACCUGCACUUUGACGAGUGCAGUGCAGCUCAGCGUUGUGUACGGCGAGGACACAUUCUGAGAAACCGCGAGCUGUAA